GCCUCGGUGAUCUAGAAACGUAAAAAAACGUUUACAAGAAACGCUUUCUUUCCCGAUUUUUCACGACUAAAACGUGUAAGGUAUGUUGGCUUUCGGAUGAAGAAACCUUUUCUGAAUGUUGCAACGUUUUUUCGUUGUUUAGCAGCGCUUUCUAUGAUUCAACCCUACGACUUCCUCUUUCGAAAGCGUGUCAUCUCGGAUACCACGCACUUUGUUGCUUACGUUGAGUUUUACUAUGUUUCGAAUGUUAUGAAAUUUAAAGUCCUCUCUUUUCUUUCUAGAACGAUCGAUCAGAAAAGAUGGCAAACAUUCUCACAAGUACGCCGCUACUCGACCAGCUUAAGGUAAGAAUCAACGCACAGAUCUUCAAUCGACGCCAAAUUAAUUAGAUUCGCUUUUACUCUGCGCUGAUAAAUUUGUCACGAGAGGCGUUUAUAAAUAAUUGUUUUCACACCUCAGAAUAUUCCCAAUUGAAGCUGUGCAAUUUAGCAUCUUCAUCAAAACCAUAUUACAGAGGCAGUGUCAGUUUUGUCAAUUCCAUCACCGAUGCGCAUCUGCCCAAACAAACACCCACGUUCAGAGCAGAAUAUUCAUGGUUUGUUUGUUUCCUUUUAGAUGUUCGAAUUAUUGGGAACGUUACAGAUGAACCAGUUAAAUCCAGAAAUAAAUCAGUGGAACCACCAGUAUAGCGUGCUCCUCGCUAAUCAACCUGGCGUGCCUCAAGCGACUCCCGCCCCUGGCUUCGAACAACGUCUCCUUUUGGCCGCUCCGAGCCAGCUGCUCGAACAACAAAUUUCCGCCUCAACCAUGCCAGGUACCAAAGAUCGAUCUUAUUAUGUUGGGAGCUAUAGCGAGAAUUUCACUCGACACGCCCGAAAAUUUUCUCUGAGAAGGCAUCAAAACUGAAAGCAAUCAUGUCAUGCUAUUUUUGACAGCUUCCACUGUAUGUUGUUUUAAAACCUUCCUUGCCUUUAUUUCAGGUUACGGCUACGAAGAAGACGAACUUGAUAUUUUCAACGGCGAACCAAAUGAUGCCUCCUUUAAUGUCGAAUUGGCCAAAGCCGCCCUGCGAGGUAUGCAAGGUAUAUGCGUAUUUUCUUCUCUGUAUUUCCUGUCGGGUUAAAGCAUUAUUCUGCCCUCUUUCUGUUGUAAUAGGAUUUUUGCAUACUUUGGUUGCGAAACUUAACUCGUUGCACAAUCUGAUUGGGUCUUCUGUUAGGCGUGGGUUCAAUGCCCUCAAGGCACAUGAAAUUAUUUCGCAAUAAGGAAAUUUGCAUAUCAAUUAUGCAGAUUGGCUGCAAGAAUGAUAUGAUGACAAUUUAUGACAGACACUUGUCAAUCAAUUUACAAGUAUCAAGUGUCAUUUUGCAAACCUUUGUGAGCGUCGGUUUGAGAUUUCGAACAAUCUCUGUACCCUCAUACUUGCUAGGAGUUAUAUUUUCUCUCAGUUUCUUCGUAGGUUGGAAGGCCUAUCAAAGCUGAUUAUUUAUUUUCUAUUUUUCUAGAUAUUGAUACCAACCAAAUGCCAGACUUGUCAGUCUUUGAAGAUUUUCAGGAUGAAGGAUACAACCCCUCCCUUGAGGAAACAUACCAGCCACCUUCAUCGCCAGUGCUCUUGAAGAUGGAGGCAAAAUCUCCGAGUCCAUGUGGAUCAGAGUGCAGUUACUCAUCAGCCAGUCCACCUCACAGCCCUAGCAUCAGUGAAGCUAGUUACAACACCUACAGCACAGAUGAGGGAUUUGUGUCUGAGGAUUUGAGUGACCUUGAUGGUGAGUUGGUGUAAAGAGAAAGCUAGCUUCUAUAAAAUUGCUUUCUUCUUGACAUGUUUUUAGCAAUCUAAAUCACUUCAUUUAUUUUUACCACAGAAAUUCUGGAUAGAAUGAGCUCUUCUGGUUCCCCUGCAUCAAUUCACAGUGAACCUGAGAAACUUCAACCAGUUGUGGUCAAAGAAGGUGAAUAUUGAUACUGCUUCAGUGCAUCAUUUUCAUUCCUUUAAGAAAUGCUCUUGACAUUGAUUUUUAGGUCUUUUUUUUUUUCCUCAUGAGAAUGCUAAAUCAUGUGUUGUUGUUCUUUUAGAAGUACCUGAGAAAAAGAAGCGAAGUAAGCGUGGACCUAAGCCACCAGUCAAGUAUCGAGGUGGGUGUUAACAGAAACUUGUUUCUUUGAUUUGGUUUAGUUUCGUUUUGUUUAGUUUUUUAUCAAUAUGCAAUCCAUCAGCUGAAUAACUGAGUUACCUUUGUGGCUCUAUUUGCACAAAUAUAUGCAUGUUUUAUUCAAGAGUUUGUUUCUUUAUGCUUAAUCAGGUGAUGGCCCAAUUCAGUUAUGGCAGUUUCUUCUUGAGCUCAUCAUCGGCAGUGAAACCUCGCACCUGGUGAAGUGGACCCAGGAAGAAGACUACGAAUUUAAGAUCCUGCAGCCUGCAAUUGUGGCCAAGAUGUGGGGAAAGAAAAAGAACAAGCCCACAAUGAACUAUGAGAAGCUGAGCCGUGGUCUCCGCUACUACUAUGGCAAGAACAUCAUUGAGAAGGUCCAUGGAAAGCGAUAUGUCUACCAGUUCAUGUGUGACAUCCCUAAGAUCCUUGGCUAUGACCCAAUGGUGAACAAAUGUGAAGACUUUGCAGAAGAUUCUGUCUGUGGAGAACCUGUGAUGUCUCCUGAAGUCGAAGAUCUGCUUCUGACCACCUCUGUUGAGGAAGGAAAGAUGGCUGGAUCGCUUGACUUCAGCUUGCUCAUCCAAUAGUUUUCCCAUUGUUUUUGUUGAUAACCCAAACGUGUAUUGCUUCGGUGAUUUUUCUAGUAGCUUGUAUCAAGCGAAAAAGUGGUAGUAUAAGCCUCUUUUUUAUGAAUCGUAUCGAUUCCUUCCCCCCAAUUGCAAUUUUAGUAGCAAGUUAUACAAUUUUCUAUUAAAGUUUUUUCUAAGUGAGGUUUCUUUGUAGGGUUGUAUAAUUUACUAGUAGAGAUUCAAACAAACAUUUUUGCAUACUGGGUAUGCUGAGAACAAUCCCAGUAAAAAUGACAAGCAAGUUAAUUAAGGUUUUUUAAAGUUUUUGCUCUUAUUUGUUGUUAAAAACAGUGGAAGACAAAAACAAUAGUUAAUUUAAAAAAAGUUUGAAACAGUAUAGUAGGAAAGAAGCCAUAUGUGUGGCUUCUGUUCAUGGCAUACCUCGGUAAUUCUUUGAAUGUACAACAAAAGUAAUGAUAAGUUUUCAGUUUAUCAAAAUUUACUGUAGUUUUACUAGUUGAAGAUGACUCGGUUUGUAGAUGCCAAGAAGUGAAUGUUCUGCUUCUUUGGCAUAAAAAGUACUUUAUAUGUAAAUAGUUGUGUUUUGGUUUCAGGUUAAUCAUAUUGAUUAACUCCCCAAGUAUAUUAUCAUUAUCCCCUCGGCUACUGAGUAGCUUUCAUUUGUCUGUAAACCAAAUACAGUUGUAAGUAAUGAAUAUAAUUAAAGCUCAAUUAAAGUAAGUUAAUGCAGAUUUAAAAAAAUGUCUUUUGAUUUGUGUCAAACUUAGUCAACAAGGCCUGUUGGUUGGAUUUUACCAUGUUAGGGUUGGGGGAAAGUAACUUUGGAUGGAAACUGAAU